UGCAGGUCAUGGCCUACCAGGAUACAGUUGGGCAGUUGGAGAAUGAGCUGAGGACCACUAAGAGUGAGAUGGCCCGUCACCUCAGGGAGUACCAAGACCUGCUGAAUGUCAAGAUGGCGCUUGACAUAGAGAUAGCUGCUUACAGGAAACUGUUGGAAGGGGAGGAGACACGUAUCAGCACUGGGAUCACCUACCCCACCCCUGCCUCAGUGUCCAGCUACAGCUACCUGUCCCGUAUGUACAGCAGCACUAGCGCUAGUGGAAAGAAGGAGGUCAAGGAUGAUGACGACAAACAUCAGCAGAGCAGCAAACCCGGCAAAGGCUCCUCCCAGUCUGACGACUCCAAGACGAGUGACAAAAUCAACUCUGGAGAUGUGAACCCCACCAACCAGAAAAACUAAAUGUCUCAACCCUCUUUCUUUCUUCCUCUCCUCCCUCCCUCUGCCUUCUCCAUUACCCUCUUCUUCCUUUUCCCAAGCAAUUCCCCUCCACAAAGGGGGUCUCAGAGAGAAAUCUAGCGAAUUUCAACUUAUUCUCCACUAAUUCACCUCCCACUCAGUCACGGGGCAGCAGUUGUUCUGUAGCAAACCACUAACUACUCAAUACACACUCUUUGAUGCAUAUAUUCUGCAUAUAUUCCUGGGCUGCACUGUGAGCCUUAUCGUCACUUUUAACUGUACUAUAACAGGCUUCUCUCAGCACAUUGCAUUAAGGAAAUGUCUAUGUGGUUAGCUUUGGUGAAGGUAGCUUAUUAUGCUGCAGUUUUUCCAAAAGCCAGCACAAAACUUGACUUGCAAUAAUAUUUUCUGUCUUACAAUAUAAGCGGUAAGCCAGUCAUUUAUUGUUGUCUUUGCAUCAUGGCAGCCCUAGUAACAAUGGCAUCUUGGAGUAUCAUUGCAUCAGAAUUGCAUCUGUUUCUUGACUCCAGUUAACUUCGGUAUACUCAUAAUGCUAAAAAAAAAAAAAAAGUAAAAAUAGGAAUCUGGAACUAUACAUGGAUAGUUUCGAAAACACUCCACCCAGCCAAAUUCCUCUCCAAGACUGCUCUUGAUUCCAUUUUAAACAUGUCUCACCCACUUGCCCUAUAAAAGGGACAAGGAUUUGAGCCUAAUAGCAAGUCCUCACAGCAUGAGGUGUAUCUGCUCUUUGCAUGGUGACUGUAUGUGGGUCCAACAGAAGUGUACCUAUACUUUCAUAGCAGUGUACCUGCCAUCCCUCUCAGUACUUAAGGCUGCAUUAGUUCACCAGCCAAUGGGCAAGACUGAGAGCAAAAUGUUACACAGUACUGCUGAAGCCUUUCACAUGCUGCUAAAUGCUUGUGAUUAAUACAAAUUCUGACAAAUACUUUAUAGUCAAUCAAGUCAGGGCACUUAAAUGUAUGUAAACGGCAUCUCGUUCAUAUCAGUUGUCAGAGUGAAAGGAUAUGGUGGAAUGACUGGGAAAGAUAUUGUGAUAGAAAUAAUAGAAUAAUAGAAAGAUAGUGUGAGUCCAGAAUUGGUUGUGUUUGGGCGGAUGAAACAAAUAUUAUGACUUUAUUAAGAAAAGUAACAGUAUAUAUUUAGAAUUUAGAAAAUGCAUUAACUUUUCAAUAUUUUACUUGUAUAUUCGUGGAUGCCUGAAGCACAUUUACAUUGUGGAAACGCAGUCACUAACACAACUUUUCACAAUGCAUCUCAAACACCUAAACUUCAUACUUGAAUCUAGUGUACUCUCAUACAAAGAAGUCACUGUCACAGUGAACCUCCAUUAACCAUGAGUCAACAAUGAAUCCCUUUGGUAAACUUAUAACAUAUUAAAAGGUAAUGCUAGUAAAAUAAUUUCAUUACACUUCUGUUACACUGCCAGGUUUUGAUACCACUUGCCUCUAUGUCAUGGCUUUGGUAAGCCUGCCUUGCUGCACUCUUUCUAUAGACAGUUUGAACAGAUUGAUAUUGUUGGGCUUAAUUCACUUUAAGAACUGUAUGAUGGGAACCGAAGUGAAUGGAUUUCUUUCUCUAUAUCGGAAUACAUUUUUCCGAUGAACACUGUGACAUUGGCAUGCUUAGCUGCGUGGGAAUGUCAGGCAAAUCUGGAAUUUUGUCUGUACAUUCUCACAGAUGCUCCUUAGGCCUGGUAACCUUAUUAUGGAUAUUCUGAGCAUUUUGGGAUUUGCUCUGUUAUUUUUGGGAGAGCGAAAGCAGAAAACAUAGUGACACAAUGCAGUUUGAAGGAAAAUUUCAAACUGCACUGCCAAACUUUUGUAAUGCAUGUGCAAUCAACAUCCCUCCAUAAAAAGUCAACCCACAUUUACACCAAUACAUAACAAUCCAUCUAAAACAUGCUACUGUUUAUGUAUGAAUGCUCUUGGAUAAAAAAUGCCUUAAGCCACCAGCAGCUUUCUGAAUCUGGCAGUGUGUGCAUUAACCUGUUAUUUCUGCUAAGAAUGUGACUUUGUUUGCUAUCUAAUGUGUAGGGGCCACUGUGUACUUGAUGACUGAAAACUUUAGGAGCUGAAUGUAGU